AUGGCGCACAGUGUCAGUGGCCCGGGACCCGGUUUGCCCGGGGCGGGCAGAUUAAUAGCACUGCUGCUAGUGCUGCUGUUGCCGCUUCUACACCGCGAGGCGGAAGCACACGUCGCACUGACGUUUCCGCCCGCUCGCAAGUACGAUCUGGACUUUCUGGACAACUCACGCACGAAACCGCCAUGCGGAAUGCCGAAAGGUUCAUUGAAAACGUCGUUCAUCGAGGGUAGCACCUUCAACGCAACGUGGCAUCUUGCCUAUCCGCAUCGGGGUGGCUUCCGGCUGGAGAUACUUGAUGCCAGGGAGAAACCAGUACUCAACCUCACACCAAGCAGCAAGGAAAGGCGCUUCGUGCGUGAUGAUGCCACCGCUCAGCAGUUCCAGGUUACACUUCCAAGGAACUUCACCUGUCGGGACUGUACGCUCCGGUUGGUCCGCCAAGCUGACGAAUGGGGCGGUAACUAUCGAUUCUGGUCGUGUGCGGACGUGGACGUCGUCCCCAGACGCGAACACCACGAAACCUGCUCCGGGCAUGGCAAGUUCUUUACACGCUGCAAGUGCGACCGCAAGUAUUACGGGCCACGGUGCGAGUUCUGGGAUGAGUGCGUUACGAAUCAGGACUGUGGCAUUCAGGGUACGUGCGUGGAUUUGGGCGGAACCUCACUGCCACGGCGUCAAUGCUACUGUCGGUUGGGAUGGUUUGGACCGGGAUGCAACAAGAAAUCGCCCAUUAAGUCCACCGAUAUUGACUACUCAGUGUACAAGGCGAAGACACUGUCACCGGACCUGAACGUGUACUGGCGCGUACUGAAGGAGCAAAGUGAGUUGGAGGUCGUCCUCAAGGUGAACGGUACCUCCUGGGUAGCGUUGGGUUGGAGACCACGCAAACUGACCGCGGAAUGUAAGAACUUCCCGCUAAUCGCUGCCCCAGGAGCUGUGCCACCGUCGGAAGCGGGAGUUGCCGAACCGGAACCAGCCAGCGAACCAACAUCCGAGCCAGAACCCAACUCUGAACCGGAACCGGGAGCAGAACCGGGUGCGGAACCGGGUGCGGAACCGGGCGCCGAACCGGAGCCCAAAUCAGAGCCUGAACCCGCAUCGGAACCUGCAGCAGAACCUAAUGCGGAACCAGAGCCGAAAAGUGAACCCGAACCCGGUGCGGAACCCACCUCGGAACCGGCAAGUGAACCUACGUCCGAGCCCUCGUCCGAGCCAGAACCUAAAGGAGAACCGGAGCCAGAACCAGGGGCAGAACCCGGUGCAGAGCCAGAACCCAAAUCGGAACCAGAACCGACUGGAGAACCGGAACCGGAGAGUGCCACCGAACCCACCCCAGAACCGAAGGGACAAUCGUCGUUGAAGAAGUCAAAGCGUGCAGCAGCCACUACUCCCGCCGCGGAACCCGAACCGGAACCAAAAACAGAACCCGCCUCAGAACCAACCUCGAAACCGAAACCAAAACCAACGGCAGCGGCAGGUCCGAAGCUGAAUCCGUACACGCCUCGGCAUGACUUUAACCCGAUGGACUGUACCGACAUUGUGAUUGGGACGGCUCGCGGCGAUAACCAUCGCGUUUGGGAUUAUUACACCCGUGAUCGAUCGACGCCACGAAUGGACUCGUUCUGGGGUGGCAAAUCGGACCUAACCGCAACGGGAGGAUUUGAGCGGGACGGUGUCACGACGAUCGUGUUCCGUCGGCAACUGACGGCAGCCGAACCGACCGAUCAUUCGAUUGUGGAUGAUCUGAUGCAUGUGAUAUGGGCACGUGGACAGGAGCCGGGUGCUUACGUACAUUCGCCACCUUCCGGCGUGGAAAAGGAGAUGGCAUCGGUGCGUGAGUUUUAUCAGCCGGAUGAGCUGAAGUACCACGGCCAUCGCAUGCAGCGUGGAGUGACGCAGAUCAACUUCCUAGAAGAGGAGCGCAAGGUGCCGGCCGCAACGUCGGCUGCAGGAGUCACAGCAACACCGGAACAAGGAGCGGCCACUAGCGGUGAUGGUGUGAUUGUACCAGCUGGUCCAGUUGGACACGAGUUGGACAAUGAUUGCCACGGAUUCUACAAAUACCCGAGGACGUGCGAUCCCGAGCAGGCCAACUGUGAGUACUUCCUGAGUUGGCAGACGGUGGCACGAGGCGAGGCAGUUCAUUUCCACCUGGAAACGAAGCACACGUCCAGCUGGACAGGGGUUGGUUUUAGCGACGAUCAGCGCAUGUCCCAGACGGACGCCAUUAUCGGGUGGGUGGAUAAUAAUGGUCGCCCCUUCCUGAUGGACACCUGGAUCAAUGGCUAUUCGGCGCCAAAGCUGGACGACCGACAGGACUUAUACAAUGCGUCCGGGGCUAUCCAGAACGGACGGACUGUGCUGGACUUUACCCGAAAGCGUAUCACCGGGGACGAGAGUGAUCUGGCAUUUGCGGAGGACCGCUGUCUGUACAUGAUGUUCCCGAUCGAGGGUGGUUUGUUUAACGAGGUCAACAAGAAACUCGGUAAACAUGCGUCCGUUCCGGUUGUGACCGAUACGCGCGUCUGUAUCAAAUCGUGCGCGAAGCAGUUCGAACAGUUGCUAACGGUGGCCGCAACACCUGCACCGGAUCGUAUUGCCUACGGAGCGUCGAUCAAGCUGACGAAUUUGGCGGCUGGUUUCCAAGUUCCAGCCAGCGGUACCCCGGAACAUCGCGAUCUUGCCAGGUCAGUUCGGGACACGUUCAACGGUGUGCUGCGUGAGGUGCCCGGCUUCUAUCGGACGGAUGUACAGGAUUUUGAGAAAGAGGCUGACGGCAGCGUCGUAGUGAGGAUGAAUAUUCUGGUCGAUAAGGAGAUGAAGGAUGGCACCAAGAAUCCGCUUGCUGACGAUCCGGCCAAACUGGAGCUGACCCUGCACAACCUCAUGGUGAACAAUCUGUCGUCGGGUAAGGUGGGCGCGUUGUCCGUAGAUCCCACCUACCUGGAAUUUAAUCAGCUAGAAGGACAAGCCUCAUCCCCCAAGGAGGAAUACGAUCUUCUACCGGCUGGGGUGCGAUUAUAUCUGAUUCUGGGAUGCAUCGCUGGGCUGGUGUUUAUUGCCAUCGUGCAGGCGACUUGCACAAUCAUUAAAACGCGAAGAACAAAUAGACUGAAGGAUCAGUUGAUCCCCAAUUCAGCAUGGAAGGACUACUCCUCGAACACCAACUACGCGUUCGACAACUUUGAGCCCGAAUCCAAGACACAUCACAAAGGACGCUCAUCGGACCGUGGUUACAGCAACGGCAACAGUCAGCAGACUACUUUGCAGAUGUCCCACUCGCCCAACAAGUCCCAGUACUACGAGAUCGAUCGUACGGACGGUGGUGGAAUGCCCGCACACCGGAACGGUAGCUCGGGUUAUCCGUACCCGGCGGGACAACCACGCCACGGAUACGAUCGUACCGGUGAUCGAUCCUCGUAUGCCGACCGGGCAUAUUCGCUGCCCCGCCCUAUGCACCAACAGCAGCAGCAACAGCAAAUGCAGCAACGGCACCAUCAAGAAAUGCAAUCACGACCAACGAACGACUACUACACGCAGGAUCGUCGCGGAAAGUCACGCAACAGCGGUAACCACUAUGCGGGCAAUGGACAUCCGCAUCAGUCGCAGCAUCAGCACCAGCCACAACAGCAGCAACAGCGGCCUAUGCCAGAUUCUUCCGAUCUUUACUUCACGCCAACGCAACGAAAGUAUUCCGGAGAGGUUGUGCGAGUGUUUGUCGAUUACAACAAGGAUAAGAAGUAA